AGUCACACCCCGCCAGUCGCCGGCGGCCGCACAUCUUUUGCCCAAACCAAAAAACCAAAAUGUCCAUUAAUCUACGUUUAUGGCACUCACAUUCUCGCUCCCCCUCUCCCACGCCAAGAGCCGCUUCACUCUCUCCCUUCUCCUCCUCACGCCUCUUAUACUCGCCGCUCUCUUCGUCGCCAAUCAAUCCGUUCCCUUAUUCUCUAUUUCCCUCUCUGCCUCCCCCGACCUCUCCCUCUUCCGCGCCUCCCGUCUCAACUCUUCACAUUCCCUCCAUCUCCUUCCUCUCCCAUCGCCUCCGCUUCUGCCACCGUCACAGGCGGAGGAACCUUCCAUCUCCCCUUCCUUCCUGCCGUUGCCUCCUGGCGAGGACUCUGCAGCAGACGAUGAAGAGGAUCGAGGAAUGGAUGAGGACAGUUCUUCCCUUUCGUCUUCUCAUGCUCCUUUGAAGGACCAAAAGAUCUCUGAGCCUGAAUCUGCGGCGUUGUCGGUCCUCAAAAGAGGAUUCGCGCUGGAGGCUGAUCAAGAAGGUGCUGCAGUGAAUAGCAAGGAUGCGAAGAAGUGCGAUUUAUACAAAGGAAAGUGGGUAAGAGAUGAGGAAGGGCGGUACCCGCUCUACGCUCCGGGGUCUUGCCCUUAUGUAGACGAGGCUUUUAGUUGCCAGGAGAAUGGGAGGCAGGAUGUCGAUUAUCUUAAAUGGAGGUGGAAACCUGACGAUUGUGAGCUUCCUAGGUUUAAUGCAAAUGACUUUUUGGAGAGAUUGCGAGGUAAAAGGUUGAUGCUUGUUGGAGAUUCAAUGAAUCGUAACCAGUUUGAAUCAAUACUAUGCAUACUACGUGAAGCACUGCCGGAUAAAAGUAGAAUGUAUGAAACACGUGGAUACAAGAUAACAAAAGGGCGUGGCUACUUUGUUUUCCUAUUUUUGGAUUAUAACUGUACGGUAAGUUUUGUUCGAUCCCACUUUCUUGUUAGAGAAGGAAAGCGUGUGAACCAAAAGGGUAGUUCCAAUCCAAUUCUUAUGAUAGAUCGCAUUUGCAAGUCAUCCUCUCGAUGGAAGAGGGCUGAUAUCUUGGUUUUCAACACUGGUCACUGGUGGACCCAUGGAAAAACAUCGAGAGGGAAGGACUAUUAUAAGGAAGGUGAUGUUAUCUAUCCACAAUUUGAUGCAACAGAAGCUUUUAAGAAGUCCAUGCAAACUUGGGGAAGGUGGAUAGAUACUAAUAUGGAUCCUUCAAAAAAAUUGAUUUUGUACCGUGGAUAUUCUACAGCUCAUUUCAGGGGUGGGGACUGGGAUUCUGGUGGUACGUGUCAUGGAGAGACAUCUCCUGCCUUAACUGGACCUAUCAUUGAUAACUAUCCUUUGAAAAUGAAGAUUAUAGAGGAAGUGAUGGAAAAUAUGAACUUUCCCGUAGUUCUCUUGAAUGUGACUCAGCUGACCAAUUUCCGUAAAGAUGGUCAUCCCUCUAUUUAUGGCAAGAGGCUGAGAGAAGGAGAAAAAGUCUCUAAGAGACGCCAGGACUGCAGCCAUUGGUGCCUCCCUGGAAUCCCUGAUACAUGGAAUGAGUUAAUCUAUGCAACUCUGGUUUUGGAUAAGAGAUGAGCAGAAAGUCUAUCUAUGGCAAAUUCAUUUCAUAGUUCCUCCAUUGUGUAGUUUCAUACCAUCAUGACUAAUGAGCAAGUGGUUUUGUGACAUGAAGAGUGCAUGAAGAUUGCCUGAGGUUUCAGGUAAUCAACACGAACACUUCUUUGGCUGUUUGGUGUUCUCCAUUGUGAAUGAUCAUAGUUACUAGGAUUGUGUUGAUUAUAAGAAUGACAUUGUUUUGUUGAUUGGAUGUUGCUAAUUAAGCCUAAAGUUUCGUUUGGGAUGACUUUCUUAUUACUUCAUAAAGCAGCUUUUUAGUACACAAAAUUUAAUUUUGUGUACUAAAAAGCUGCUUUAAGAAACCAUAAGAAAGUUAUCCCAAACGAAGCUUUAAUGAUUAGCGUUAUGUAAUGAUUAUUCUUACGGGUGAAAGUGGUGGAUCCAUCUUUAGAUUUCUCUUAAACUUCAAUGCAUUCGAAAUGGUACUAUUUCAGAUCACACUGCACAA